AUGCAGUAUCUCAAUUUUGAAGAAAUCUAUAUUUCUGAUUUUAUUUAUGACCAUGACAAAUCAAAUAACUUGUAGCUAUCUAGCACAUAAAACGAUGAUUCAUAAAUGUCAUAUUAAAAUUAAAACUAAGUUGGAAAUAAUAUAAAUCAUUUAUCAGAAAAAGAAACAGAUCUAAAUCGAAACGAAGAACCUAAAAAAAUUCAAGUCUUCAAAAGAAUUUAGAAGAAAUUUAGAUAAACUGGAACAGCUGCCAUAAUCUAGAAAAGGCUACCUUAAGAAAAAGAUUUGAGAUUACUAGCAGGUUUGCAAAUCUCUCCAGAAGGAGUAAUUAGGUCUCACUAUGAAGCUAUUUAAUUAAGCUUUGGAUACUUGUACAAUCCUCUUUAUAUUAAAUACCUGAUAAAAUAGUAAGUAAUCGAAGUAGACUAGUAAUUGGUUGAAGCCUCUCCUGAAAUAUCUCUAGACAAAGCUCUUGAUUAUUUAUCUCAUACUCCUUGCUAACAGUUUUCAAAAGCAUCUAUCUUACUAAAUGAUAUUUAUAAUAAAAAAAAAGAAUUAAAAAAUCAAUUAGAUUAAUUGAAUGUAACUGAUUAACUACUAAAUUUACAUAAACAAUCUCUUAAUGUAUUUUAUAAGUAAUGCUACAAGUAUAUCGAAGAGUAUACCUCUAAAAACCAAGGAGCUAUUUUUUAAUAUUUUAUAAGAAGAAUAAAUCUUAUCACAAAUAGCGAGGAAGUGGUUAAAGCUGGCUACUCUAAAAGUUUUUUGGAUAUGAUUGGAAUUGAUGUUGAAUAAUUUAGCUCUAACAUUUUGCAAAACAAUAAAAUAGACCUUGUUUCAGACAAUCAAGAAUCCUUAAACUAAACUGUAUGUGGAAUAAAUAAUUCUAUCCUUAAUAGUGCUUCUAUAAAAAGCUAGAUUAAAAUUACUACUCUAGAUGGUUUUCCUCUUAAAAUUAAAUAUGAAACAGAUUAAAUAGAUUUAAGUGACGAGUAGGGUAUGGUACAAAAUUUUCCAUUUUAAUGCAAGCUUUAUAUUGUAAAAAUUACUGCUGAUAACAAAGAAAUGCAAAGUCUUAUUCAGGAUAGAUAAGAGCUUGUAAAAAGAAAAAAAUUUUAGUCUUAUGAAGAUUUUCUUUUAAAGGAAUUACAAACACUAUUUAAAAAUUAAUUUUGCGCAAAUGAAUCUAAGAAAUUUAUUUAAAAAUUCUAUGGAAAAUACAACUCUCUUAAAAUGAAUUUAGCUAACUAUUGA